GCAUCGCUACCAUCCAGCCAUCAUGCUAGCCGAAGAGUGCAACUAGCUUUGCCAGCUCAUACAAUGUCAUACAGCGUUAUUUUCUCAGUGUGUAGAAUCAUUUUUUCAUGGACACUGACAUUUAGAAUGGAAACAACAACUUGUGUGUGAAGGUCGUUGUUGUUUUUUUUGCCUAGAGUACCCGGUAGGACAGCUGUAUCGGUUAACUAGCCUGUGAGCUAGCACGGCUAACCCCAUAACACUGCCUGCCAUCACGAACAGCACAACAAACCAAUCCGGACGUUGGUAAACUUUGGAAAUUUAUAUCGUCACCAUGGAGAAGGCUGAUUUCUUGAAAGGACUUCCUGUCUACAAUAAGAGCAACUUCAGCAGGUUUCAUGCAGACUCCGUUUGUAAAGCAUCUAAUAGGAGGCCCUCUGUGUACCUUCCAACACGAGAAUACCCCUCUGAACAGAUUAUUGUAACAGAGAAAACCAAUAUCCUCCUGCGUUACCUUCAUCAGCAGUGGGACAAAAAGAAUGCAGCAAAGAAAAGGGAACAGGAACAAGGUGAGGGUGACAGUCCGGCACCCCCAAGGAAGAUCGCCAGGACAGAUAGCCAAGAGAUGAACGAGGACUCAUAAGUGUGUGUGUGUGUGUGUGUGUGUGUGUGUGUUUGCAUAUACUGAGUAUAGCCAGUAUAAACUAACAAAAACAAAGGAUAAUCCCACCUGAAUAAAUACUUCUGGCCAUUCUGCCGCACUAUGGCAGGAUGCCUUUCCUGGCAUGAAAUCAGGAGUCACCCAUAGAGAAUUAGGGAAAUUCCAGUCAACAAAGCAGCUAUUUAUGAUGGAAAGAUUGUAUGUGUGUAAAUUAUGUAACCAUAAAAAAAAUUGAAAGUCACUGACACUGUCAGAACAGAUGCACUGUCAGGGGGGAAACUUUAUUCUGGUGCUUUUUUAAUUUAUACUGGCUAUUCCCUGUGUAGUAUUAAAUGUGUAAAUGUUUGUAUGCAUGCUGAGCUAUGAGUGUGUGUUGUACUGUAUGUGUGAGAUAGUUGAAAAAAGUGUCAGAGUAGAUAUAAGAUCAGAGAGGGACAUGACAGAUAAAGUCAGACACUACCCUUAAAAACAGUCUCAUAACUGGUACAUGACUUGUGUAGCCUUCUGUCACCUGGAGAGUCUGUCCUGAUUUGUGCAAAGAUAACUUUUUGUUACUGUUUUAAUUUUAUUAUAACUAUUAUUGUUUAUGUAUGGCAAUGAGCUUCCUGCCAGCCACAGUGCCCACCCUCUCAGUUUCACUGCCCACUCUGCAACCACAUGGGGGCAUUGCGACAUUUCUCCACACUGUUUGAAUCAACAGAACCAAGACUGCACUGUGAAGAACAGCACAAAAGUAGAAGCAACUCUUCCAGAAUCCCCCGUAGAUGUGUGUUUUUGGUGAAUAUGCAUAUCUUCAUUCUAUUUUGGGACUUGUGCUCAUAGGAUAAAUGUCGUGUUGGUGUUUCUGAGAUAUAUUUUUACAUCUAGCACCACCUUCUGGCUGAUAAAGGCUAGUAAGAAUGGGGUUUUAGCUGCUCUUUCAUCAACGGAAGGAAAAGGUUGAGCUUGAAUAUGGAAGUGUUAAAUUGUAACGUUGGGUUUUUAGUUGCACAACAAGGUAACAGCACAGAUAGCAAAGAAAAAUAUGGAGAGGAAUGUCUGGAAAAGGGAAAAAAAGACUCCAUUAUGAUGUGUGUAAAUAUUUGCCAGUACCAGAAGUAGUUUAUCCAGCGGAGUAUCUUUGUGUCUGCCUUUUUGUAAAAUAAUACAUGCCCAUUGAUACGAUAGAAAAUGACCUUUGUGAAAGUAAAGAAAAGAGCCCCGGUGCCCAGUGGAUGUUACCUUGCCUUGCAUGUUGAUGUUUUCAUGGCUGGGUAUUAUACUUCUGGACCAGUAAUACAAUUUAAGAGGGUGUUGGGGUUGAGGUGUCAUCCUGUAUGACUGUGGAAGGUAUUAGCCUAGAGGCCUUACAACCUGUCAUCAUGGUUCGGACCCUUUAGCUCCCCCAGCUCAGGGCCUGGGGUAGCUGUACUGUUCGCCCUGUCUUUGUGAGACAGCCCUGGAUUGUUUUUGUCUGAGAGCUGGCUUAGAUGAACACAGGGGGUUUAAAGGGGGUUAUAUUUUCAGCCAUAGAAUGCACAAUAAGCAUGCACAGCAAAGUGCAGUCGCCAUCCUGCCUUGUUCCUAGUAGUUCAGUUUGUAUUGGUGUCAUAUACUGUACAACACUGAAUUAGGCUUUUUUUUUUAUAUUAUCACUGCCCAGCGGAGUCACAUCGAAGCCUCCUGUCCUUCCUGUCCUUCUUUCAGUCAAUGCUACAGUGUGGGUUGACAGUGGGGUCAGUCAUCUUCCUACCUACAGUGUAAAUACUGUCUGUUUCUGAAGCGCAAAACCACGUUUCUGCUCAGACUGUUCGACAACACCCUAAGCCUUGCCCCAUCUCAUGUGUGUUAGAUCAGAAAUGUUCUUUUUAGCUUUGCUGAAAUAAAACUAGAUUGAAACUGGG